AUGGAUUCAGAAGAAUUUCGUAUACGCGGUAAAGAGAUGGUUGACUAUUUAUGUACGUAUAUGAACACUUUGCGGACCCGGCGUGUUACUCCAGCGGUGGAACCUGGAUACCUUCGCAAGGAGCUUCCUUCAGAAGCUCCUAUGCACCCUGAGGACUGGGAAGACGUAAUAUACGAUAUAGAGCAUAAGAUCAUGCCUGGCGUUACUCACUGGAAACAUCCAAAUUUUCAUGCCUUUUUCCCGAGUGGUAACGCAUAUCCCUCAAUUCUCGGCGAUAUGCUGUCUUCAGGAAUUGGUUGCUCUGUAUUUUCUUGGGCGUCGAGCCCCGCUUCUACUGAAUUAGAAAUAAUUAUGUUAGAUUGGAUAGGGAAAGCUAUAGGGUUACCUCCAGCUUUUUUAUCUUAUGGGGAGGGCAGCAAGGGCGGUGGCGUGAUUGAGGGGUCAGGUAGCGAGUGUAUCCUUGCGACGAUGCUAGCUGCAAGAGCUACGGCCAUCAAACGAUUAAAGCAUCAAUUUCCCAAUGUUGAUGAGGGUCUCUUGCUGUCUAAGUUAAUCGCGUAUUGUUCAAAAGAAGCUCACUCUAGCAUUGAAAAAGCUACUAUGAUCAGCUUUGUUAAACUUCGCAUUUUACAACCUGACGAGAAUGGAAGUCUAAGAGGGGACACUUUAAAGGCAGCUAUGAAGGAAGAUGAGACAGCAGGCUUAGUGCCAUUUUUCGUAGUAACCACUCUAGGAUCUACAACUAUCUGUUCUUUCGACAACUUGUCUGAAAUUGGGCCAAUAGUACGAGAAUUUCCUUGCGUGUGGCUUCACGUAGACGCUGCAUACGCUGGAGGUGCAUUCCUCUGUCCAGAACACAAGUAUCACUUGGCAGGAGUGGAGUACGCUGAUUCUUUCACUACAAACGCAAAUAAGUUGAUGUUUACUGCAUUUGACUGUUCUCUUCUGUGGGUGACCAAUCGAUAUUUACUUACAUCGGCCCUUGUUGUGAACCCACUUUAUCUACAGCAUUGCUACGACCACACUGCUAUUGAUUAUCGUAAUUGGGGAAUAUCCCUUAGCCGUCGUUUUCGAUCGCUCAAACUAUGGUUUAUGUUGAGGAGCUAUGGCAUCUCCGGCUUACAGAAAUAUGUUCGACUACAUUGUGAGCUUGCUAAAUAUUUUGAGCAACUAGUUAAAAAAGAUGAAAAAUUUGAAAUAUGUAAUCAAGUUAUGAUGGGAUUAGUUGUCUUCCGGCUAGUCGGAGGACCUGGUGAAACGGAUGAGCAAGUUGAUGAAUUAAACAAGAAACUAUUGACCAAUAUUAACGAAUCUGGAAAAAUGUAUAUGAUCCCGUCUUCAGUACGCGACAAAUUUGUAAUUCGUUUUUGCGUUACACAACAAGAUGCAACUCGCGAAGAUAUGGAAUUUGCAUGGGAUACAAUAACACACUUUGCGACGGCAUUAUUGGAAGAUCCCGAUAAGGAAAGGGUA